CCAAGUUAAGCCCACUAAGGCCCAAAUAUAGUUUUACCACUUAGAUGAUCCGUACCCAAUACAACGAUCUGUUUCGUGUAGCUGUUCUUUCUUUUCAUGAUUUUGCUUUCCUGCGAAAAUCAAAGAGUUAGCUCAGCUCCGAUCAUUCUCUCCGAUUAUCUUUCGCUCUUUUAGAUUCAUGGUGAAUCGUUUACCGUCACUCUCUCCGCGUAAACCCUAGCUCUCUCCGAAACCCUAACUCACUGCGUUGGAAGCUAAUCGAGCUCGUCCGUCUCCUUUCGAAAGCAUUUCUUUAAUAGGUCUGCAGAGGCGGUUUAGUUUCUUGAUCGGGUUAGCUUUCUGAGUUGAAACAGUCUAAGGCUGCAAUGAGUAUGCAACCUAUUCCUCAGUCGAAAUCUUCAUCAAAUGGAUUUCCACUCAAAAGAGGUGAAAGAGACGAAGUAUUAAAUAAGGCAAAUACAUCUAAUACAGCAUUCAAUGGGGAAGUUGGAAGCUUGGAGAGGCCUUCGCUUGAUCGGUUAGUGUACCUCUCAGCAUGUUAUAUCGGGCAUCAUGUGGAAGUGCAUCUAAGGAAUGGAUCAGUGUAUACUGGUAUAUUUCAUGCUGCUGAUGUAGAGAAGGAUUUUGGAAUCAUUCUAAAGAUGGCAUGUUUGAUUAAAGAUGGUACUUUACGAGGGCAUAAAUCCCGUUCCGAAUUUGUCAGAAAGCCGCCUUCCAAGACAUUCAUUAUUCCUGCAGAUGAACUUGUGCAAGUUAUAGCUAAGGAUCUCUCUGUAUCCUCGACCAACAUGUCAAAUGCGGUUCAGGGUGAGAAACCUGCGGAGCUGUUGACAGACUCUUCUAUAUCACAGUCUUAUCAUGUUGAUCGGGAAAGACAGCUGCAACCCUGGGUACCUGAUGAGACUAUUCCACAGGGUGCAGAUUUGGAGAAUGUGUUUGAUAACCCUUGGAAUAGGAAAUGGAAUCAGUUUGAGGUGAAUGAGUCACUGUUUGGAGUAAAGAGUACUUUCGACGAGGAAAUCUAUACCACAAGACUUGAGAGAGGUCCUCAGACUAAACAGUUGGAAGAGCAAGCCCGGAAGAUUGCGAGAGAGAUCGAGGCUGAGACUACCCGAGAUCUUCAUGUAGCAGAGGAAAGGGGCCUUCAGCUUAAUGAGAACUUUGAUUUUGACGAGGAAGCCAGAUACUCCUCUGUCCGUCCAGUUACUGGAUUUGGUGAUAGUGGGUUUGAUGAGGAGGACAACGCAUUGCUGGAUACUUGCAACGAUCUGACUUUUGGUGGUUCAUCUACUUCUGAUGGCCAGAAGCCAGCUUCUAGUGGCAAGGGCUGUGAAGAAUUACGGGGUGACAGUCAGUCUUCUCGGAAUAAUACAAAUGUAGAUCAAAGCUUCUCGACCUCUAAAGAACAAUCCAAAUAUUUUCCUGCCGCAGGCAACAAGAUCAGUGAGAGCCAGCUAGAUGAGCGAAGAAGAAACAAUAACCAAGAGUCACACAAUAACAGAUCAGCUGAGGAAUCAACUUCCGGUCAUGGAGAUAUCAAAGAAGGUGCAAAAUUUGGUGGUGGUGCAACCUCGGUGUCGAAGGCUGUUACUGAGAGAGAAAGAGAAGCCAGUCAAGUUUCUAGUAAAACAAAAUCUGAAAGCUCUUUCGGGCAGUCGGCUUCUAGAAGUUCAGAAAGUCGCCCAGGUCCUUCAACAUCAAGUCGUCCUGGGCUAUCACCGAGCUCGUCAAUUGGUUCUAUGACCUCAUCAGAAAAGUCCACACUUAAUCCGAAUGCAAAGGAAUUCAAACUCAAUCCAAACGCGAAGAGUUUCAAACCAUCGCAACCAGCUGCUGUGCGACCUCAAUCUCCAGUUUCAGAUGCCUCAUUCUACUAUCCUGGUCCUAGUCAUGUUCCUCCUGUUCAGCAGAUGCCUGGAAUGCCGCCUGUUAAUUACGGAGUCCCGCCAUAUCCUGGCAACCAACCACCGAUGAUGUAUCAUCCUCAAACCUAUUAUCAUCCAAAUGGACAACCUCAGUAUCCGCAGCAGCAAAUGAUGCCUGGUCAGCAGCAGCAAAUGAUGCCUGGCCAGCAGCAGCCUAGGCCAGUUUAUUACAUGCAGCAUCCUCCUCCUCCUUACCCGCAGGACAUGCCAUAUCAUAAUAAAGGACGAGAGUAAUUACUACUACCCGAUGGUGAUGAUGUUGUUUUCUGUGAAGGAAGUGCACGAACCCCUUUCUUCUCU